UCUUCUCCCUGCCUGGAGAAGUUUCGUUUCCUGCUGGGGGGAGUGUACUGCCACAAGGUGAGAGCGUCUCCUCUUUCCAGCCAGCACCCUUGCCCCAGCCGUCAUUUUCCAAGAACAAAUCCACUUCUUGGCUGGCUGUCAGUAAAACACCAGCUUUCUGUGGAUACACAGGCCCUCCGUAUCCCUGGACUUCCUAAGCUGCUGGGAAGGUGCCCUCCAUGUUCACGUGCGGAAACAACUGGAGUACAGCGCCUGUUUGCUCCGUUGCGUUACAUUACAAGCCCAGCUCUGGCUUUCUCCUGCCCCUACAGUGCUGGCUGAUGGGUUUAGACCUCGGAAGGGACCAGGUGCCCCAUUGCCUCAUUUUUAGGGGGAAAAGAAAACAUUUUCUGAGAGCCUCCAGGACAGCUCUUAGCCGCCAGCAGCUGGUUUGGCACUUGCAAGGGGUCUGCGAGGCAUCUCAGUCCAUUGGAGGAGCUCGUCCCGCAGCGAGCCAUGCCCUUGGCCUCCAGACCAGACUGCGGUGUGAUAACUGACGUGGGGACCAGCACCACUCCGGUGGCCCUGCAGCCCCCAGCCAGCACAGGAUGUGGCCUCUGGCUGCGUGGGCAGGACUGAGGCUGGCACAGCACAGCGGAAAGAGGGGGCAGAGGAGCCGGCGUGGGUGCCUGGAGCGGCUGCUUGGCCUCCCGGGGCUCAGCCAUGUUUCCUGCAGAGAUCAAACUUCUGAGGCUCAGCCCCUGGCCCUGUGUUGGAGGGGCUGCGGUGGGAAGCACAGCCCAUCAUAGCCCCCAUCACCCAGGUGCAGGGACACAUGGGCACCUGCAAGCACCCAAAAGGGUAACAGUGAGGUGAAUUUAGCCAGGAUGGAGACAUCAGGCACAAAUCCUGGAAAACCCCCAAUUUUCUCAUGGGGCAAGCAAAAUGGGUUGGCAGGGAGGGGUUUCUGUCCUGUCCCACAGUGCCAGGGGCUGCAAACAGCGGCCAUGGGGUGACUAAGGGGAGCAGAUGGAGGAAUUGAGGUGAAACAGCACAUCUGGAGCAAGAGGAACUGAUGGCACAGAUGCGGGAGGGACAGCUGCUUGGCCAGCAGCCCCGGCAUCACCGACACAGCAUAUGUGAACAGGAUGGUGGGGGCCCAGCAUUGCAGGCAGGCUGCACCGCAGCUCCACUGGGAAGAGCUGGGCUUGUUUGGCUCACACAGAGGAAGGCUGAUGGGUAUGUGCAGGGACCCCAGCAUGUGCCAUGUCUCCCUGGUGCACCCCUGUGCCCUGGCACAGCUGCCCACCACCACGGUGCCCAGUGGUGUCUGUCCUUUACAGGGGUGGAGUGCGUCCUCUUCAACGAGGAGUACAUGACCUGCAUGUGGGGGAGCAGAGAGACGCUCACGGCCAACUACUCCCUCUACUACUGGUAUGAGAACAGGUCCCCUGUGGUGGAGUGCAAGCACUACCUGCAGGACGGGGGCGUCAGUGUCGGCUGCCACUUCAACCAGAGCGAGAUCAUCCAGUUCCAGCCUUUCCAUGUCCUUGUCAAUGCCAGCCUUGGCGGCAGGACACUGGAGAUCCCCAGCAAGCGCAUGGAGCUGCAGGACCUGGUGAAACCAGAGGCGCCCGUCAACCUGACGAUCCGCAACAUGAGCAACAACCAGCUGCAGCUGACCUGGACCUCCCCGUACCCCAAAGCCCAGUGCCUGGAGCACGCCAUCAAGUACAAGAGCAACAAGGACACCAGCUGGACGGAGCACCAGGUGAAAGGAGACGUCUUCUCCUUCCCCAGCGUAGACUACGAGAAGUACUACACCUUCUAUGUGCGCAGCAAGAUCAACAGCUACUGCGGCACCACCCAGCUCUGGAGUGAGUGGAGUGUGCCUGUGGUCUGGGGCAGCAACUCCACCAGUAAGGGGUGUGGGUCAUCCUCAUGCCCCGAAUCCCCAACCCCAGCAAAAACUUUGAUGAGCUCUUCAUCACCCACAAGGGCAACUUCCAGGAAUGGGCCGGAGUCCCCAAAGAUGUCAUGGAGAGCUUCAAGCCCAACUACAGUGAGAACAUCUGCUACGUGAGCGAGCUGCCCCCCAAGGACAGUUACGAGCCCCUGUGGGAGGGCAGCAACCACCCGCCGUCGCUGAUGCCUGGGGCCCUGGCUGCCCCCCGUGAGCACAGCCCCUACAAGAACAGCUAUGUGGGAGUGUGACGCACUCCUGCACCCCUGCACCCUGCAUGCUCCACACCACUGCUGCCCGAAACUUUGCUGCCCCACAGGCCUCGCUCCCUGCUCCCACCCUGCCUCUGCCAAAUGCCUGGGACCCCCAGCCCUGCUCCCUGCCAUGGUCACACUCAGUCCCCCGCAACAUGGCAGCUGUACUGCACCACAGGGUGCUGGGUGAGCAUGGUGUGCUGGGUGCACUGGGUGCACUGCACAGUGUGCUGUGUGCACCGGGUGGUGCAAUUGGUACACUGCACAGUCCCCGGGGUGCAGUGCAUAGCACCCUGGGUGCACUAUUUGUUGCGUGCAUGAGAUGGAUCAGGUGGCCCUGGGUGCUGCUCUGGGUGCGUUGCAGCACACUGGGCACACUGCAGUGUCCCAGCACCUGCCCUGUCCUUGGGGCGUCCAGGAAGGCAGGGUGACAUCCAUCCUACCAGGAGCCCUGCCACAUGCAGGAUCCCUCUCAGGGUUGCCAUGGCAGAGCAGAGCUGUGGGAGGGCUGACCGGCUCCCACACUGCACUCCCGUGGGCCGCCAUGCUGGGCAUAUUGGAGCUGCUGGGAGCUUGCCAAGCCCCCCUCCUUGCUUUGUGGUUCCCGCAAGCACACCCAGGGACUUAUCCCAGUGAGGGGGCAGCUGUGGCUAAGCAGGCAGGAGCCACUGGCCGACCGAUGGGGACACUGGGGCUGAGAAGCGCCAAGGGCCAGAGGGGCCAAGUAUGGGAAAAUAACAGAAGAUCGGCGAGGAGGAUUGUAAACACACUCAAGUGACUUGCAUCUGGGGCGUAGAAAAACACAUAUAUCAUACUAAUUGUUGUCUAUCCUUGUGUGUUUGACAACUGGAACAUCUGUGUUCAGAUAACAUAGGCCAGUGAUAGACUUAGGGGCACCCUACUGAACAUGCUUGAGAUUCCUGCCCUGCUGUGGGAAAGAUCAAAGCACAGUGGUAAACUACGCCUGCAUGAAUCCUGGAAAAACAGGCAAAAACAGCAGCUUUGGCGAUCCUCUAGCACGGACUGAGCUCCACGGCGCCUGCAUUCCCGCUUGUGUGCCCCUGCCUGGGUGCUGCUUGGGGGAUACCCCAGUUCAUGAGGUAAUGAAAAUAAAUUUGCUCAUUGCAUUUCA